GGAAGGAGAAGAGAGCCAUCCCCAAUAAGUACAGUUUGAGUGAAAGUGAGGAAGAUGUGGAAAGGCUAGUAAGGGUGAGGGGAGAGGUGGUUGACAUCACUCAUCUGACAAGCUCAGAGAUGAUUGAUGCAGCUGAGAUAUAUGGGAUGAGCUCAUUGAGUGAAGGGGGUAACAACGUCACUCUUCCGAAGAAGAAGUCCAAGGAUCCAGCCGCGGCUGAGGUGGAGGAAAGGACUGGAGCUGGCACCUCUAGUACCGAGCUACGCCAGUUGCCAGAAGAGGUGCCAGUGGAGUUUAUACCUUGGUCUCUACCAGUUGACAUCAAUCUUGAAUUGCGAGAAGUUGGAGUGGUGACGCAUAGGAAAGAGAAGAGUAUAAUACCUCUCCCAGUGCAAAAGUCUAGCUUCUACCAGUCAAGUAGUAGAACUGCUACAAAACGGUUCUUGAACUCCACCUUCUCAGAGGUGGAUCUCAAGCGGGCACAAGAAAAGAUGGAUGCCGACGACGGAGUUGGGGUGGUUCGUCAUGCUCUUGAGGUAUGACUCUUUUUUUUUUCUUUUUUAUGAACUUCCUCAUUCAUGAUGUUAAUAUUAUUAGUGUGUACCUUGUUUCAACUUCGAUGUGUAAUGCAAAUAGUUAACCUCAUGAAUGCGUUGGUGGCUCAGUACUUCAGCUGCCUUAAAGAACACAACAAGCUAAUGUCCGAGAAUAAGAAGCUUAGCUAGAA